AUGCUACUCGACAAGGAAUUUCUGAUAAAAGGAAGACAGCUACUGAAACUCUUCCGCUUCUGUCCGUCAUGUGGAUCUAAUAUGUUCGACACGGCGCAGUUCGUUACUCUGACAGCCAGUGGAACGAAUCCUAUAAUCUCUCGGGAACAACCAGAGGAGGUCGCGUCGUAUGAUAUCAAAUGUUAUCCGAGUGAGCUGUUGAGCACCAAGGAGGACUGCCACGACCAAGAGGAUCAUUUGGACCUUCACUGCUCUUGA